CAACCAUAUAGCUAUGAACGGAAGAGCCGACAAAAGCCUUGCUGUGAAAUUUGAGUGUGAUAGUGAUGAACUCAUGAAACCAGUCUCCGUUGAUACCACGUCUGAAAGUGACGAAGAAACGCUAGUGAGCUCUAAAGACAUACUGGUUUCACAGAUCACAUCAAGACGAAGCAAGCGUUUUCCGGGAAGAAUGGAAGUUGCAGGAUCAAAGAAACCACGACGAAACAUACCCGACGAACCUCUAAAUACUUCCGAACCAGAAUUGGAAGCGGAACGCUUCGAAGGCGAGUCCGAAACAGAGAUUAACGCCAGGGAAAAAUCGGGUGAAACAAUGGUAUCCCCUGGUAUUUCAGAUCCAGCUAAGUGGCUGAAAUUUUCCAUCACCCAGGAGGAGGUGGAUAAGCUCCGUUCAAAAGUGAUGGCGCAGGUGACCAACCGUAACAGUUCAGGCUUACUCUAUGGCCUUGACAAAGAGCAGCACGAGGUGUACAGACUUCUUGAACGCACGAUUAGGGACAAUGAGGGGCACUCGAUUCUCCUUAUCGGUCCGCGUGCCUCAGGGAAAACUGCAGUGGUGGCGAAAUCAUUACGCUCCUUGAGCUUGAAAUACCCAAAGCAGUUCAUCACAGUCAAGCUUAAUGGAUACCAUCAGUCAAACGAUAACAUGGCGUUGCGUGAAAUCGCCAGGCAGUUAGACGAGCAGUUAAAACUGGGCUUUGGUAUUGAUGCUACGGAUACUUUUGAAAAGCGUGGGUUAAACGACACGUUCCAGACCAUUUUGGAUAUUUUGGACAACAACAAGCAGUUUGUCGCCAGUGACAAUGAGGAAAAGACUCUUCGCACAGUGGCCGUAGUGUUUAUCAUCGAAGAGUUUGAACGAUUCACCUAUCACAACCGACAGACGUUGUUGUAUAAUCUCUUUGACCUCUCGCAGAAUUCCACCACCGCGGUUUCGGUAGUGGGUAUCACCACCAAAAUUACGGCCAGAGAAAUGCUCGAGAAGAGAGUCAAGUCUCGUUUCUCGCAACGUGUGAUCCAGAUCGCGAACCUGAGUACGUUGGAUGAAUUUGUCUCCAAGUGCCAAGAGAAUUUAAUGAUACGAGAGGUGUCUGAUUUAAACCAACAGUACGUUGCAUUAUGGAAUGAGGAAAUUACACGCAUGUUUCAGACGGAGAUCUCGGUACGGAAGAUUCUCUUCCAAAACUUUUACACAGUAAAGAAUAUCAAGGAGUUCCUCAAUUGCGCGGUGUACCCGCUUUCCCGCAUUUCCGUUGCCAGCCCGUUCCCCAAGGCCGGUGAUCUUGGCAAGUAUUUCCACCUGUUGACUCCAAACUAUCUCCAGUCCACUGUUGAUGGCCUCUCAGAGUUAGAGACUUGCUUGCUUGUGUGUGCUGCGCGACUCAUUGAAAAGUUAGGGCUUGACAUUGUGAACUACAACUUGGUCUACGAGGAGUACACCGCACAGAUCAAACGCUUGAACGCUUCCACUUCGCUCUCGUCCACCACGAAUUCGUCGGGGAAUAUGAAUGCCGGUAUGAUGUUGCAAAACCACAAGGCAUGGUCCAAAGAUGCAUGCAAGUAUUGCUGGGAGAGACUCCAAGCUCAAAAGUUGAUUAUCGACUCAGUCAGCACCUCUGUCUUUGCGAGCGGUCCUGUGGCGGGUAAGCUCGCUUCCCUGGGGAGCGCUCGACUGAACGAGGAUUCCAGAAUGGUAUCGGUGGCGAUUAACUUGGAGGAGCUUGGCCACUUAAUCCCAAGUUCCAGCUUCAUCAAGUCUAUGACCACCCUCUAAGAACACUCUUAUCUGCAUAGAUGCUACAAUAACUUCCGUCAAGGAUUCUAAUACAGACACAUAUAUUAAUGCACACCUAUAGCGUCACUUGUAUUUUUGUACUUUCAGGAUACAGCAGAGAGGUAAGAAACUUGGGAAAGGAAUCAAUCUCCAUCAACCGAUAUAUUUUUCUCUCCACCUUUUCGAGCAACGGAGUGAUGGUAUGAAGAAAACGAGAAACCUCACUAAACUCAGUAGGGGACACAGAAACCAUCGAAGCUAUUGGUCCUUCCGUCACCCCGAUAACCUUCGGUCCUCCACCUUGCAUAUCACUGGAAACCAUACCCAGAAGUCUCUCUUCGGUCGUACUCGGGCUUUCCAUGAAGUUGAAGUGUUGCAUAAUAGGUGAGUGAGGAUGCACCAUCACCUCUCCAAUAAUCUCUCUAAUCUCGUGGUUAAGGUUUAACUGUAGCGGAGCUCCAAUGGCGAUAUAAGAC